ACACUCCGCGAGUCCGCAGUUCAGUAGUAGUUCAGUUUCAGUUAUCGCUCCUUUCCAGUGUUGUACAUCUGAGUGGAUUUGUUCUGUUAGUUUUAUCAGUUACACCUAGUGUCAAAAGUGUAUUCCUUUGUACGUGCAAGAAAACCAACUCUACAACUACAAUGGUUUCGAAUGUCAGGGGGUUAGCUGUCGCUCUUCUCUUUAUUCUGGUGGCAGUGGAGGCUAAAGACAUGCUGAAGAAGUCAAUUGUGUUUGACAAGAAGACACCAGGAGUAUUUUACUGUCCUCAGCACAAACCCACCGGUAUUGACAAAAUGAUCGUGAGAGCUCGACCACUAAACAAACUUUGUGAGUUUGACGGAGGUCCGAUCCCCGAGGAUUACAAGUCUGAUUGUUACCACGACGUUGACGAAACGGACUUUGCUUGCAAAGAGAAGGCCAGAAUCAUGAAGCGGAUCAAGAAGGAAGACCUAAAGGCCGAAGACUAGGAUAGGUCCGUCUUCACCCACCAGGCGGUGAGAGUGUCAAAGAUUCUGAGAAAUGGGUACAAAAAUACGACAAAUACAUCAAGAAGAAGAAACAUUGAAACUUAACCAAUUAUAGAGCUAAUUGUGAUAUAACUGUUAGUAAACACAAGGAAUAAUUACGUGUUACAAAAUUCAACGUAAAUUAUUUAAUUCGCCGUUAGACCUAAUACCUAGUUUAAAUUUUGAUUUGUGGAAUAAAUUCCCAAACAUAAUUAAUUUGGAAUUAAACAGUUCUGAUGGUCUUUAGGCGAGUCGGUAGCGUCACGGAUUUCAAGCCCAAGGCAGUGAUGUCGUGGGUUCAGAUCCUGGUAUUUACCACUACUUUUUAUCACUACAGUUCACCCUUGCACUGUACCAGCUCACCCCUUGCUUUGCUGUAUAUGUUCGACGCACCGUCCUUUUUGGUCCAUAUGGAUAGGCUAAUGCAAGGUAAAAGAGGCUACCAACCUUUUUUUUAAGGUAACUUCUCACAACAGAAUUAUUACUAGCUUACUCCAUCUUUCCAGCAGAUAUGGAGUCAAUUCGCCCUGAAGAUAGCACCAUGUAUCGAGGCCAAAAUGUUCACGUGCAUUAAUGUUCAUUCUGUUAUUAAUAAUCUGAAGACCACAACUUUAGUCCAUAGCUUCAGUGAGAUAAUUUAUUCUUUCUUCAUACCAAACUUUCAACUUAAAUAUUGUACGGUAUUUUUACUGCAAUCCAAACAAAAUCUAACAAUGUCAUCAGACGGAAAUUAUAUACAUCAAUGUGAUUGUGUUCUUGUGUUUACUAAUAGUAACUACUAAUCGUUACUGAUAACCAAAAUAAUUAAUAUAUUUGUUGGGGUUUGGCCAAACUUUUGUUUUGUUUUCUCGGGGUUUUUGACAUUAUAAACCUAAUCAAAACUAACGUAUAAACUGAAGAGUAACUUGUGCCGGAACAUUUGAGUGUAACAGGUUUUUCUUAGACGACUAUAUUCAGUAUAUUCAACAGUGAACUAUCGCAUAACAAUAGUAGGCCUGUUUUGCAUAGGUGCUGAGUGUACUUUUAACUUUUUCCUUGCUCUUAAAUAUUUGAUUCAUUACAAAUCAAACUUGGAUAUAAUGAAUAGUUAUUAGACAAGUUUCUUGGUGUGAUCAAGUUUUUCAAUCCCCAGUUACAGCUUUAAGUAAUAAAUGCGUAUGAAAGGUAAGGUAAGACUUAUGAAAUUUGUUACAAAUAGUUUUAGCAAAUGUUUAUAAGUAUUAAGGUGUUCUUGUAUGACUUUUUCUUCGGUUGUAUUUAUCACGGGUAGAUUAGCGUUUCUAUUAUUUUAAUUUCAGAUGAUAAACUUAGCAAAACUAGUAGUUAAACUACACAAUAAUAUUGUGCAAAUGAAUGUAACUUUAAAGUUAUUUGUAGUAGAAUAGGCUAUUUAUUUCAUGUACAUAGCAAAUUAUAUGAAAUUUUUUACAUUUUAGCUCAAAAGCGAAUAAAUAUUUUAAAGAUUUUACCAAA